GAUGCGAGGAGGAGGGGAGGGGGGGGAAAGUUGUGGACAUGUUUUCCUGGAAGUGCACGGUUUCACGGAUACAGUGUGCAACACUGUAACUACAGCGUUAAAAAGCCUUUUCCCUUCCUGUCCUGGACCUUGCUGGUAUCUUUCCGUGGGACUGAUAAAGUCGCCUGUUCGCCAUAUUGCGAACCUCGCAGCGAAACUCGAUGGAAAGUUGUCAGUGAUGACAUUUGCUGCGCACACUCCGCUCCUGGAGCGACAUGAAGUCGACUUUGAUCGAAACCAAAGUGACUCCAUGAAGCUGCUCAUGGGGAAGCCUGUGCACCGUGGAUAAGGUCUGGCUCCCCGAGAGGAUGGCAGGAAUGGACCACAGCUUUGAUUGUUGAAGGAAGGGCUGCAAGUUUCCCCAACCCUGCACUUUUUUUCCUUUUUGGGAUUUCUAUUUCCUUCCAGAUACUUCUUUAUACACAGUUCAACAUUUUCUUGACUACAGGGGACUGAACACACUACAGAGGCACUAAGCAUUUGCACGGUCAGAGAUUCAGACUGUCAUUUAAUAGUACUAUGAGUGUUCCUUCUCAGGUUAAUACUGACAAGAGUAAGCAACGGACUGCAGCCAUGAAAGAGGCCGUGCCACAUUCAGGGGAGGUUUAUUAUGGUAUGGGACCUCCGGCUUUAAAGCCGAGCCACGGUGACUCUGCUAGCAGCUCUGGUGUUUAUAACCCAGAGAAAGGGCCCCAAAGUGUGCAUCCCUACCAGCAGACGGCUCCAGUAAAAUGGAUGCAGGACUCCAUGCAAGCGCCCACCUGGCCCCAGGAAGCUCCGGCCUGGGGACAGAACUUUGGCUCCUACAUGAGCGGUGUGAACGCCAGGGGCCAGAUGGCCUUUCACAAAGGCGUUCAUGAAGGUGGGCCAAUGCAGAUGGGAGGAGAAAACCAGAUGUCGGCGCCUGUGGAGGUUUACAGAGAUGCCCCCCAGGCUCAAACUCAAGGGAGAGGGCUGGAGUGGGAGCAGCAUGCGGCUGCCAUGCAUCAGGCACAGCUACAAGCUUAUCAGCAGGGUCACAAGGGCGUGGAGCUGCAGAGCCAGCCGCAUGUGCAGCCUCACGCCAUGCUGCAGUCCUUCCAAGCGUCAUUCAGACCAAACAAGCAGCAGUUCUCGUCUGGGUAUUACCCUGUCUUUCAAGGAAACAAGGCACUGCCAAACCUGGUGUACAGUGAGCAGCCCAAAAGUCAGCAGCAGAUUCUGCACCAGAUGCAGCAGCAACAAAUGCACCAUCACCAUCAUCACCAUCAGCAGCAGCAGCAGCAGCAACAAUUGCAUCAGCAGCAUCAUCUUCAACUGCAGCAGCAGCAACAGCAGCAGCAACAACAGCAGCAGCAGCAACAACUGCAGCAACACCAGAUCCAACAGCAAAUGCAACAGCAGCAGCAGCUACAGCAAAUGCAAAAACAGUAUCAGCAGCAGCAACAAAUGCAGCAAAUGCAACAGCAGCAACAAAAUGUGCCACAGCCAGAAACGAUACAAUCACAAGUGCAACCCAGACAGCAGCAGACUCAAAACUUUGGAGUUUAUCGGCCUCCUGAGCCUCAUCCGCCUGACACUGGGCCUAAAGAAGAGGAUGUCCAGUCGGGGGAGCCACGGCUGCAACCGGGAGCUCAAGCCUGCGACGCAUCCGCUGCAUCCAAUUCAUGCCAUGCUAAGGUUGCCACAAAUACCGCGGAGCCUGCAGAUGCAGCAUCAGCAGCUCCUCGGCGUUCACGUCGUCUUUCCAGGGAGGGACAGUCCCCACUGGGCCCCCCUUCGACAAACAUCUGGUCUCAAGCCUCCAAAGAGCCAGCACCUUCACAGAAUGGAGUUGCAGGCGUCCCGGCUGCGAGGGCAGGGGAAGGCCAGGUCUCAACGGGAGGGGUCAUCCAGAUCACCCGCAGGAGGAGGAGAGCAUCCAAGGAGAUCAACUUGGAGACUCUUGCACAGAAGGCAUCAGAAAUGGAGUCUCUACCUGCUAAAUCUGUCAAGAAGGAGGAUAGUGGCCCCGGCAGAGAGUCCGCCAUGCUGCCCCUGGUCAUCCCCGUGUCGGUGCCGGUUCACCAGAAUCGGACGGAUCCUCAGGGCGGCUGGCCGCAGGGCUGUCUCGGUCAGGACGAGCAGCCCGCGCGACAGUCGGACCACAAACCUUCCGUCAUCGUGGCUCGGCGGCGGUCCCUGAGAAACUCGUUGACUGAGAGUUUCGGACAGCCCCUCGAUCACUCUUCAAUCCAGGAUGAGGAAAACGAUUCAAGGCUGGAUGAAGAUGGAAAAGCUAAAUUUAAGCGCCGGCCUCGUCCCGAGCCUCUCAUCAUCCCGCCUCCCAAACCAUCCACCUUCAUCCUUCCAUCCCUCUACUCCAGCAUCACCUCCUACCAGAGUAACCUGCGCUCGCCCGUGCGCCUGCCGGACAACCCGAACACCCUUCCCCCGUACACGCCUCCACCCAUCCUGUCCCCCGUACGAGGGGGCUCAGGGCUCUACUUCUCCACCUUCCUCACCAGCAUGGCCGUAAGCAACCAGAUCAUGCCACUGCCGCCUACGCCCAAGUCUGCUUCACGCAGCCUGCUGCGUUCUACGAGUUCAGAGAUCACUCCUCCAGUUCUGCCUUUCAUCGCCGAUGCCACACCCGUCAGCCUCGAGCCCCGCAUCAACAUCGGGCUGCGGUACCAGGCAGAAAUUCCAGAUUUGCAAGACGCACUUUCCUCCCAGUCUGACCAACACAAAGCCGAUUUGGUUUUUCUUCCGCUUGACAACUCCAGCCUCAAACACGGUGACCAGGAGAGCAUUGAAGAUCUGAUGAGCAUGGCUUGUACAAGUGUUCUCAGCGGAGGAGGAACCAACCAGGAGCUGGCUCUGCACUGUUUACAUGAAUGUGGAGGAAACUUCCUUGAAACACUGGAACGUUUGAUGCUUCAGGACCCAGUUUUCCCUAAAGGCCAUCACCUGACGAAUUAUCACUACUCAGGCUCAGACAGAUGGACAGCAGAGGAGAAGUGUUACUUCAAUAAGGGGAUCUCCGCCUACAGGAAGGACUUCUUCUUGGUCCAGAAACUGGUGCAGACCAAGACCGUGGCCCAGUGCGUGGAGUUCUACUACACCUAUAAGAAGCAGGUGAAGAUCGGUCGCAACAGUACGAUGACCUUCGGCCCUGCGGACUCGCCUGCGGAAAGACACACAGACGCGGUGGUGGAUGUAAAGAGCUCGCAGCAGCCAAAACUCACUCAAGCAGAGGAAGAGGUGGACGAAAAGAAAGAUGUUUCUUACGACGAGAGCCACGAGAGCAGAAUUUCUCUGUCACUACAGGCUCAUGAUUAUGCAGGGGAGGUGCCGGCGUUCAAAGAGCAGGUCACCGUUAAUAAGGAGGCUCAUUACCCUUCAGUACCUCACAGGCCUCGGGCCGAACCCGCAGCAAAAAAGACCAGGGCACCGGCGAAGCCUCCGCUGGAUCCCAAUGCGGUGUUUCCGUGCAAGAAAUGCGGCAGGGUUUUUAAUAAGGUAAAAAGUCGAAGUGCCCACAUGAAGAGCCACGCCGAGCAGGAGAAGAAGGCUGCGGCACAGCGUCAGAAGGAAGAGGAGGAGAGAGCGGCAGCUCAGGCUCGAGCCAGGAAGGUGGCUGCAACUGCGGCUGCAACUGCUGCUGCUGCUGAAGCCGCCGCAGCGGAGGCUCUUGGGGGAGGAAGCGGGAACGGAGCGAUGCAGCAGGCGGAGGUCAGCAGCCAGGAAGACUCGUCUGAAGCGGAAGAUGAAAAAGAUGAAGACUGGCACUGAACAUGGAGGAGGGUAGAAAACAAACUUCAACGGGGAUGGAAUUACGUGCAAACAGACUGUAAAGGUGACGAACAAAGCAGGAGGGAGUUAAACAACAAACUACUGCCCUCUGAGGGCAGAAUAAGCACAAGAGAUAUGAUUUUGAGUCUUCCUGUUAAUUUUCACACAGCUUCCCCAACCAAAACUCUCCGUUUGACCGUUAUAGCUUCACACUAUCAGAAUUCACACUCCACAUUUUCACACUUGUACAAUUAAAAUUUGGAAAAAAAAAGUUUAUUUUUUGAUAACGCACUUAUACUGUAUCUCUGCUUUUGCCAAUGUUGCCUUUUCUUUUUUUUUUUUUUUUACAAAUCCUCUAUUUAAAUGAAAUUGUGUCAAAUUAUUAUACUUUACCAUUGGGUGGACUUAGUGGUUUGGUGAUACUUCAUACCAUCUCUCCAGCAAUAAAAAAAAAAAGAUCAAAUCAAUUUGUCAAGUAGAGUGGGAGCCCUUUUAAGUAACGAUAGGUGUGAUUGUAUGUAAAAACACCACUGUGCUGAAUUUUGAUGCUCGCCGCCAGAUUUUUAGGUCGGUUGUACACUUUAUUUUUACUAUUUUUUACAAGGGACCUUUAAAAUGAGCAUGUACAAAAAAAAAGUAUAUAUGAGAUUGCCAUAUAUUUAUGAUACAGCAUUUGCAAUGAUUUUGAUAAUAUAAAGAAUAAUCAUGAUGGUUGAGAAAUGACUGGUUAACUAAAAGCUGUAUUAAAAAGUCUAUUGUUCUUUGGA